AUGGCGUCUCUUUCUCUUGAAUCUCGAGCUCAACCCGAUUCUCCUGAGCAUCGUAUCUUCAACAUCCUCAAUGACUAUCUUCAGCCGUCUAGCACAACCCCUCCCCGCGAGGCCGCGCAAGCUAUCCACGCCUUGACUCCAAAGACGGGUUCAACACCAGAAGAAAACUCUGAGUUGGAGGACUUCCUCUGGUACACAUGGGGAACUAUCAUCAAAGUCGCCAAACAGAUUCCUCACAAUCACCCCUCGCAAGACCGACUGGUCGACUUGAUCCACGCUCUGACCGAGCUACCGCCAACAACGGUGUCAAUCUGGGGUUCCGAAAAUUACCUAUGGAAAGACCUGCCCAUGCUCGGGCCAAGCCUGAGAGAAUCCUGGGAUCCACCUGCGUAUACAAAACCCGACGACCAGGAGGUUACCGAAUGGAUUAACCUACAAGCAUUCACCGCGCGGCUGAUGAGCAAAUGCGACCCAUCGCUUUCUCUCCUUGGCGUCUGGAGUCUGCGGUCGGGAUUGGAAGAGGAGCUAUCGGACAACGAACUCGAAGGAGAAGUCGCCGCAGCAGCGAUGUGGAUGGUGUACGGUAGUGAGAACUUGUUCAGUCAACUGGCAGACGCGGUGGAAGACGAGGAGAAGGAGCGCUUGAUGAAGCCUGGGACGCUGUAUAGCGGACAGGGGCAGUUGAGCCCAGAGCGGUGGCAGUUCUGGAAGCAGCGAUUUGGGGAGAUGAGCCAGCAAAUCCAAGUCAGUUAUGAGACAACGGGGGUGAUUCGGUUGGCCGGGGAGAAGAUGGAGAGCGUUGAGCAGUAG